AUGCGGGAUAUUGUCUACAGGGCAGAAGCAGCUAUGAUGGCUUUUGAAGCAGCAGCAGCUGCAGGCCCAUCUGAAGCUGAUCUUGCGCUUCAGUCCAUUGAAUCUUCCUUGUCGCUCAACAGCAACAGCACGCAACAGCACGUUGCCGCUCUGCAGCGGCAGCAGCAGCACCAGCUGCGCCAGCUACUGGCAACGUCAGACAUCAUCAUACACGUCCUGGACGCGAGAUUGCCCCUAGCAUUUCGAUGCGCCGGCCUUGAGCGAUGGGCCCUUCGGGAAGGCAAGAAAGUUAUCCUGCUGCUGAACAAAGUGGAUUUGGUGCCAGCACCUGCUCUUGCAGCGUGGCUGCACCAGCUGCGGCGAAGCUCCGUGUGUCCCGUGUUGGCUUUCAAGUGCAGCAACAGCAGCAGCAGCAGCGGCGGCAAGCGAACGGGCAGGUGGUGUGCGGCGGACCCUAUUCGCGCCUCCGAUAAGCUCAAAAGGAGCAGCUCGCACGCUCUGGGAGUGCAGUCACUGCGGAGGCUUCUUUCUUCUAUAGCUCACGCAGCGGCAAUGCCUUCCCGUUCUGGAGAUGCAGCAGCAGCAGCAGAGCCAGAUACAAUGGCAGUCGAAGAGGGCAACACGAACCCGGAGACAUUAAGCCGACCUAGCGGCAGCAGCACCAGCGGCACCAGUACUGCCAAGGCAUUCAUGACAGUUGGUGUUGUGGGGUACCCAAACGUAGGAAAGAGCUCUGUGGUGAAUGCCCUCACACGCAGUGUAUCUUCAGCUGGAGUAGCUGCGCUGCCGGGCAGCACCCGCCAGUUGAAAUUCAUAAAGCUUGACUCCCACACACAACUCAUUGACUCUCCGGGAGUCCUCUUUUCUCCCCCAGCAAGAGAGGAGGACACCGCGAGAAUUCUGCCACACCCGCAUUCCUUGGUAGGCAUGUACCAGCAGCAACAACCGCAGCAAGCGCAACAGCAGGAGAAACCCUUGUCGGCAUCUGGAUCGUUGCUGCUGCAGUCGCUGCUACCGGUUCCUCAGAUCCCGGAGCCGGAGGCCGUUGCUGAGGCCCUGAUAGCAAUUUCGAGUGUCAGUAUACUGCAGCGACUAUACCAGCUGCCCUCCUUCUCCACCCCACGGGAAGCGCUUCAAGCGAUCGCAAAGCGCAGAGGGAAGCUCCUCAAGGGUGGAACGCCGGAUAUACAGGCCGCUGCGAAGAUGCUUCUGCAGGAGUGGCAGGAAGGCCGCGUGCCAUACUAUUCUUUGCCUUCGGGAUUUAUUGACGCAGAACCCUUGCGCCUUGUUAGCGUCAAUGGGGUGGCGGACGAGGUCGUCGUUGCGCUGCAGCAGGAACUGCUGGAUAGGCAGCUGGCGUCACUGGGGUUCUCUGCGGCAGCCGACAAACCACAAGUGGGUGUCGCGACUGAGGGUAACCAGACUUCUGCCCCAGUGCAGGGAGCGAUGCGUCUCAUGUUUAGGGACAUCACAACCACAAAGAGAGAGAGGGAGAAAGAGCGAGCUCAGGAAGAGGGGUCAGAACGAAUGGAACAUGUGGUUCUUCGGCAAAAGCAGCGCAAGCAAGGAAAGAGACGUCGGCGUGGCGAGUCAGCAUCAGUGUCCAUGGAGGAAGAUAAGGCGGUUGACAAACAAGGCGAAAUUACAGAUGGGCUCUGA